AAAUCGUUUAAUUGACAAGAUGGUUUUACUCACCUGUAACUGUUUGAACGUGAAGAUAUCACUUCAGUGUACAGACCAUGAAUUUAAACAGCUGCAAGAACAGAAUCUCAGAGAUCAAGAAGAUUAUAUUCCUACAGGUUUUUUCCCAAAAGGAGAACUAGAAGUUGAAACAGAUGCAAAGGGAAUUAAGCAGGAACAUGGAUACUUGGUCCAUCGUCGUAAACUUGGCAACUACAUGGUGUUCCGAUGCUUGAACUGCGGCCUUGAUACCUAUGCAAUGCAUAUGAAUGGACACCCAUUGAUCGUCAAUAACCUUCUGCAGAGUGAUCCAGUUUUGAUAGAGCGACUUUUUAACUCGGCAGAUUUCUCCAAAGUCUUCCAGAUUAUUUUAACCAACAAAGAUACUGAAUUCACGAACACCAUGCCUGACCCCAAGUCUUCCAGUUACCAGCAUGUGCAGUCAACCCUGAACUCCAUUCAGAAGCAGCUGGCAGACUUCAUCAUCCAGGAAGAGGCAGAGAUGGAGACCAGAAUCAGGAUGUAUGAGGAGGCACAAAAAGAAGACUUCCAAAGUCUUCAGGUCAGAUUGAAGGAACAAAAGAAACGCAUGAUCAGUCUGCUGAUCUCCACUGCCCCAGUAGACAGGGAUAUGCAGGAGGAGGAGGACCCUAGUCAGAGAGAUUCCACAAAACGCUCAACUGUCUCCAAGAAGUUGCCUGCAAAAAAGAAAACAUUGGGCCGUGUACAGUCACUACCACCGGCCUUGGAGCAGGAAUCUGAUGAUCCCAUGUUUGGGUUUGAUGGCCUUGAGACCAGUGAGCAGACGUUUUACAGGGACACCUCCUCCAGUGAGGAUGAGGCAGACGACAAGGAUGACGUGUUUGAGGAGCGUUCCGCGAUGCAAGGUCGCCCUAAACCACGGCUGACAUACUCCACGUCUGUUCCAAUCUCGGUGCCUUCUUGGAACAUGGCCCAGAAACAUGAGCAUCUCGACAAUGAUGAUGAGGAUCUGAUACCAGCGGAUCCCAAUCAGAUAGCUGCCAGCAUGCAAGCCCUGGCACAAAGUAUUACAGAUGAUAACAGGUACAUCUUUGGUGACCGUCCAAGGCCUAGGCUAAACACAGGUGAUUUCAACCGAUGAAUGAAAGGUGGUUCUGGUAUUUUGUGUCUCACACCUUGGAUUUAUCAGCUUCAAGAAGUUGCAUUGACUGUUUGUUAAUUGAGUUGUAAGCAUUAGGAAGGACUGGCCUGCUUUUAGAGGCUGAGAUGACACCAAGAUAUGUACAUAUUCAUACAUGAAUGUCUUCCACAUUUUGGUGGUCGGAUUUUUCGUCCCUUUGUGUUCUAUAAAAAAGACUAAAAAAAUCACAAAAAUCAAAAAAAGUUUGUGAAGUUUUCAUGUUUGAAACUGUCUGUUUGAGUCGGGUCAGAAUAAUCAUUGCAGAAGAAAAGCUAGUAAUCAUGGAGAAAAACUGGCAUUUAUUUUGUGAAAUCUUGUGCUGAAAUAUAAUAUGGUGCUCGUGAUUCUGCUAGUAAAAAACAAUUAUUGGUGUUGAUUUGUUUGUAGGAAUUAUCAGUAUUGUUUUUACCACUGAUUUUAACAGCUAGAAUCCCUAUGGGGGAAUUAUUUGGGGGAUAACAUGGACUGCUAGUCAACAUAUAUUUCAAUCAGAUGAUAAAUGUCUAUUUGACAGUUGUGAGUACAAAGUUAUAAUUACACAAUAUUAUAGUUUACACUAUAUGUCUAUAUUGUUUUUAAUUAGGUGCUUAAGUUAACAAUCAAGUGAUAAAAUAUAGAUUAAUAUACGAUAUAAAACACUGAUACUUUGAAUUAUAUUGAGGAUAAAAGGGUAACAUUUGUUGAAGUAUUACUGCAUACUGUAGUUUUAUUACAAACUUAACUUGUUACAAAUGCCAAUUGAGGGCUAUUGACCAAAUGUAUAGCCCAUGUUUUUGCUUGAAUUUACAUUGUAAGUCCUACAGUACUUUUCCAUUAUGAGUAAUGUAAAAUAGUCUUCUUUUUGCAGAAAACAAGUAUCUUUUUCUUUUGCAAAAAAAGUUUAAAUGUAAAGUCACUGAAAAUAAAUUGACAAAUUAUAAUUCGCUUCAAUUUCAUUACCAUCUACCUGUAAUAACAAUAUCCAAACUUGAAUGUUUGAAUUUGUUGUAACUCAUGUUUAAAACAUUAUGGAAAUAUUCCCAUGUUUUUUUAAUGUUUUCAUACAUGUAUAUAGUUUUAUGAUAAAACUUCUUAGAAUCUGUUAAGACAUCAAUAAUAAAAGAUCUAAACAAA